ACAAAUGCUAUGCAAACUACCACAAUGGAACCCCUCAUUAAUCCAGAAAACCUGCUACAGCAAAAGAUGACACAUAUUACAGUGACAUGGAACGAUGUAUCUGUAUGGUAUAAAAAAAGAAAACAAUCCAUGUUCUGGAAGAGAGAACAAGUGGAAUACACUCAAGUGUUAAAAAAUGUUUGUGGAAUAGCAAAAUCUGGACACUUAUUGGCUAUUAUGGGAGCCAGUGGUGCGGGCAAGACAUCUCUGCUAGCAACAAUAAGUAUGAGGGUGAAAGGUGCUGUUGAUGGAGAAGUUUUAAUAAAUGGGAAGACUGUGGAUCAGAAUUUCAUGGCACAUAUUUCUGGAUUUGUUCCUCAGCAAGAUCUUGUCAUUAAUUCAUUGACAGUUCAAGAACACAUGGAAUUCAUGGCGUCCCUAAAAAUGGAUUCUUCAACCACAGCAUUACAAAGAAGGAGGCAUAUCAGUGCCCUACUUUCAGAAUUAGGUCUUGCAAAAUGUCAAGGCACAAAGUUGUCAUUACUUUCAGGAGGAGAAGAAAAACGAUUAUCUCUGGCAGUACAGUUACUAAAUGAUCCAUUGUUACUGUUCUGUGAUGAACCAACAACUGGUCUUGAUAGCUACAGUGCAUCCAUUGUAGUGGAGAAACUAAGUUACUUGGCUCAACGAGGCAAAGCUGUUGUGUGCACCAUUCAUCAGCCAGCAUCAGGUCUUUUUGAUAUGUUUAGUCAUGUAUUAUUACUAGCUGAUGGUCGUGUUGCAUUUUAUGGAGAUACAGUAUGUGCAGCUCAGCAUUUUCGCAGCUUAAAUCUCAUUUGCCCCAAGGCUUUCAAUCGAGCUGAAUUUUACAUUUCACAAUUAUCAAUUAUUGCUGGCAGGGAACAAGAGAGUAAGCGAAAAGUAAAAUCGAUUUGUGAUGCAUUUGAAUCUUCUACUUUUGGACAUGAACUUGCUGAACAAUUGUCAUUUUACAAUAAAAGAAUGAACAUGUUUCAAUUAUCUUCUGAUCGAUCUUCCAGACUUCAAUCAUCACAUUCUAGUGAUAACAUUGCCGAUUUCCAGAAAUACACAGAAAUAUGUAGACCAGGUUACUUAAAACAACUUUAUUGGCUGACUUGGAGAAAUGUGAUUCAUCUGUUAAGAAACUCCUCAAAUCUGUUACUUCGUGCAAUUUUGUACCUGUUUAUAGCUCUCAUACUAGCUACACCAUAUACAAAUUUAAAAGUUGAUCAAACUGGAAUACAAAAUGUUCAAGGACUUAUGUAUCUCAUAGUAACAGAAACAAUAUUCACAUUCUCAUAUAGUGUGUUUCAUACUUUCCCAAGUGAGAUACCAAUUUUACUUCGAGAAAUUGCUAAUGGGAUUUACAAACCUGGUCCAUAUUACAUAUCAAAGAUGCUGGUUUUGAUACCCCGAACUAUAGUGGAACCAUUCUUAUACUCAUCUCUCAUAUUUUGGAUAGCAGAUUUACAAGGAGAUGCUCGGGUGUUUUUACUAUUUUGUUUAACUGUGAUAAUGUGUGCAAAAUCCUCAGCAGCACUUGGUUGUGUUAUGUCUGCAGCAUUUGAAUCAGUAGCUACAGCAUCACUGUUGUCUGUACCAAUAGACUUUCUCACAUUAAUUUUUUCAGGCCUGUUUCUUCAGCUAGGGAGUCUUCCAGCUUAUUUAUCUUGGCUUCGUUAUGUAUCACAAUUUUAUUAUGGUACAGAGGCAAUUUCUAUUCUCCAGUGGGAACAAAUUCAUAACAUUAAAUGUCCUGAUAAUCCUGAACUACCAUGUAUCUCCAGUGGAAGAGGAGUACUAGAAAAGUAUGACUAUGGUCCGAAUAAUUUUAGUAUGGAUUUACUGGGACUUUUUGCCAUCUACAGUAUAUCUCACAUGGUGGGCUUUUUAGCCAUUUGGAUUCGCAGUACAAAACAACCUAUUUACUAAGUCACAUGAAAUUUUACCGAUAUCAACAAAAGUGUAAAAGUGUGAAAUGUAAAAUAAAAAUCAGGAAUUUUUUUAUCUAUUGUUUAA